AAAAAAAGGCGAAGCUGCAACAAGCGAGAACUUGAAGGAGACUCCACCUGUUUAGAUGGCUAGUAGAGAGAGCGAAGACACUCUCACUAUACUUACUUCACUUGAAACCAUGGUUUCGAUCAGCCGAGAAACCCUCAGGAGCGAAAUCGCCCAAAUCCUAAAAGGUGCCGAUCUCGACACACUUUCAGCAAAGAAAGUACGACAGCAGUUGGAACAAAAACUAGGUGUUGAUCUCUCCAGUAGGAAGAAGGACAUUGACAAAAUAAUAAUGGCUGAUGUUGAGCAAGCUAACUCCCACUCUGAAGAAGAAGUCUCAGAGACCGAGGUAACCAAGGGCAAGAAUGACUCAGACUCAGAGGCUGAGCCUGAGCAGAAGGUUGGUGAUGAUGAUGAUGAUGAUUAUGAGCCUGGGGCAAAGAAAGUGAAGAAGCCCAAGGCUAAGAAAAGGAAAGCCUCUGAUGACGAAGACGAUUCCGAUGAAGAGUGGGGAAAGAAGAAGAAGGUACUUGCAGCUGAAUCGCCAAAGAAGGCUGCUGGCGGAGGCGGUGGAGGACGUGGGAAAGCUUCAGCUUUCACAAAGUCUUUCAAGCUUUCUGAUGAGCUGGCAGCUGUUGUGGGCGCAGAUGUGAUGCCCCGCCAUGAAGUGGUUAAAAAGCUGUGGGCUGUCAUCAAAGAACGCAACCUGCAAGAUCCAGGCAAUAAGCAGUUUGCCAUUUGUGACGACCAGCUCUUCAAAGUGAUUGGUGUCAAGCGCUUCCGUACCUUUGGUAUGAUGAAACAUCUGAAGAACCACUUCUUGGAAGCUGCAUAAAAGCUACUGAGGUUAGGUAGCGAGCUGUCAAACUCCAUUUGAGUAGCACAUCCAGGCAGUGACCUCCCUCAUCAUCUUUUGUAGCUGCUGUCACCUUGAUGGCCUAGUGUUAGUGGUGAUUGUAUGACUAAGGCCAUCUGCAGCUUUUAUUGGACUAUACAGUACUUGAUUGAAACAGUUGAAUUAGCCUCAAUAAUUGUUGGGAACAAUAAAUUUGCAUCCAUUUUGAAAUUAUUUAUUGUAAUCUCAGUUAAAAUUUAGUGGUAGGGAAUUGUUUCACAUAACAGCAUUGUUUGGUGUGCUCUUUUUCGUUCUGUGUAAAAUCUUGAAGUGAAGUAUAUAUAUAUUUUUUUUCUUUUUUUUUGUGCUAUUUUUUUUCCUUGUCUUUGUCUAAUGCUGGGAGAAAUAGAAACUAUUAAUGUGUAGUUUUGUUUUCAACCCCCUAAUCUGCCGGAGGGAAGCAGCAUUUCAUUCCCCUUAAUAGUCUGAUGUGUUCAGUCCGGUGGAGAAGUUUAACCUGUAGCAAAUUUCAUCUCUCAUUAUUGAAGUUUGUCAUAAAUCAUUAUACAUUUGUUUUUGAACGAUGAAAACAUGUAUAAUAUAAGAUAUUAAUAGGAAAUUUGUUUCUGUGGCUUGCAUGGAAGAAUUUUUUUGUAUUUUUGUUCCUUUUGCUCUGAAAGCAUAUUAUCAAUAAUACCAAGUUGUAGAAACACACUUCAGUUCUAGGCUGUGGUUGUGUCGAACUUGGAUCUAAGUAGGGUCAUGCUUCAUUUUGUUUCCACUUUAUUUUGAGUUUGCGAUGCAAGAACCCACAGGUAGUUUUAUGACUUUAAUCUGUCACAAUGGUAAAAUCUUUUAAUAAAAUAUUUUGUAAGAAAAAAACAGGAA